AUGGGAGAAAGCCCGGCCAUACUGCGAGCAGCUGACCGGAUCACGCGGACAGUCGCAACAACUGGGCAAACUACAAUGGCGGACGCCACAUGGAUAACAAGCCAUGGCACCGAGGACCCUGAUAUCCUGAAGCGGCUAGAGCGCACCUUUGCAGCCUUCUGGGUAAAACUAGCCGACAAACUGGAACAGGUACAGCCCUGCAAGCCAAAAGUCACCUUGCCCGACGUACCAUCACCCAGCUCCCGCCAUCGACAAGCUACCCCCAAGCGGUAG